UGGUGACAGAGAGGACCAUAAACGGCGAUCGAGGUGGAGGCGCAGGCGGAUUAGUGGCAGCGCCAGGCAGGCGGGUUGUUUGUGAUUAACUGCUGCUGGGGAACCGGGGUAUGGAGAUGUUGCGUCGCUCCUCAGUAUUCGCGGCAGAAGUGAUGGAAGUAUUUGACCGCUCCCCCACAGACAAGGAGCUGGUGUCACAGGCGAAGGCGCUAUGCAGGGACUACAUCCAUUCCAGGCUGAACAGGACCGGGAUUGGGUGGUCGAAGGCCGAGCAUCAGCUGUCGGCAUCAGGUGGGACGCUUGGAGAGAUCUCCUCUGUCCUCAUGUGGUUAGGUGAUGAGUUGGAGUACCUGCGGCCCAACAUCUACCGUAACGUAGCUCGUCAGCUGAACAUCACCGUUGCGUCUGAGAGCGUGGUGUCUGAUGCCUUCCUGGCUGUGGCUGCAGAGAUCUUCUCCACAGGUAUAACGUGGGGGAAGGUGGUGUCCCUGUAUGCGGUGGCCGGUGCCCUGGCGGUGGACUGCGUGAGGCAUGGUCACCCAGCCAUGGUCCACACCAUCGUAGACUGCAUGGGGGAGUUUGUCCGCAAGAGCCUGGUCUCCUGGUUGAAGAGGAGAGGAGGCUGGGCUGAUAUCACAAAGUGCGUGGUGAACACGGACCCCAGCUUCCGCUCCCAUUGGUUGGUGUCUGCUACCUGCGCCUGUGGACAUUACCUGAAGGCCAUGUUGUUUUACCUGCUCCGGGACAAGUGACGACGGAGGACGAGUUGAAUCACGGCCACACGAUGGACAAUCUGCCCCAUCCGCCAGUGUAGGACAGCAGAGCCUCAUCCUGGUCCCAGAUCUGUUCGAGCUCCUGACAACUCUAUUGCUGUCGUUGUCAAGCUAAACAAGUUUUUUUGUUUGUGUGUUUUAGAUCAAGGAGUUUUGUCAGGACAAAAGUGAGUGACAAGGAGUUGUCAUGACAGCCCAAACAGACUGGCACUCGGCCAACCGGCGUCUGUCUGAAGGGGCAGCCAUCCCUCCUCUAGAGUUCUACAUGUGUUGUUUGUUUACACCUGCAGACGUUUGCACUGAAUCUGCCACUGACGAGCACCUUGGGCCUUCACGAACCACUGACGAGCACCUUGGGCCUUCACAAACCACUGACGAGCACCUUGGGCCUUCACAAACCACUGACGAGCACCUUGGGCCUUCACAAACCACUGACGAGCACCUUGGGCCUUCACGAACACAUUAAACAAACGCGCCGGCAUUGGAACAAUCACCGUGAAUAAGCUUGUUAGCCACGUCUGCUUUGAAUUUGGGUGUUUACGAUUUAGCUUAUUGUGACGUAUCAUGUACAGAUUCUGCAGCUGUAUUGUGAGGUAGUAGCCUAUAUACAUACUGAUCCAUAGCGUUAACAGUUGACUUGAAUGGGAAUGCCCAUUCUAGUUAUUCUAUAUCUGGAUCUCUGUUUUUCUAUAGCUCUCUCUCUCUGUCACAUUCCUUGCUUUCUUUAUGCUUACAUAGACUGGUUAACUGACAACGUCACACACACACACACAAAAAACACGCACCCCCUUCUAAGAGGCAAAAGGACGUGUGUUGUGAUUAUGGAUAGCCAGAUAGCUGGCAACAAUGAAAAUAAACUGCCAUGUAAGUGGCUCGUUUAGAUCUUGUUCUUGAUACCAUGUCUUGUUUUGAGGUGAUGUUACAUCUAUGCUAAUUUGACUAAUAUUUGCUAGCUAGCGGGCUAACCAACAACUGUAACGAUGUAUUUGAGAGACAACAAGUGCUCAUUGUGCAAAUGUAUUUAUGUUUUCACAAUAAAGAUUUUAGAUUAAA